CUGUGGUUUUCUCUUAUUCCACGGCACCUCUCUCUGACAUAUUCCCAGCUGCUUUCUCCCGGUUAUACCUGAUACACGUUGCUGCUAACUCGUGUUUGUGUACAUUAUACUUACAGUGUCCAUCCACUUAUUAUUAUUGUAUCCUGUCGUGUGCAGUGAAAAGCGUGACUCUCUACACAUGUGAUAAUCGUUGGUGAAAACAAUUUGUUUUGGUUUUUUAAUUUUCAUUACAUUUGAUGUUACUCGAGUCCAGCGUCCGGAAGAAUAACGCUAUACGGAAGCAGCACGAUGAGCGACGCCGACGCCUGGGCUCCCGUCCAGGAGCACGAUUUCUCCGGCUUCUCCGCCACCGACACCUUUGGCAUCAACGAUAUGACCGGCUUCGAUGAUUUAUUGUCGAAUUGUGAAAAUGAUCUGCUGAACAAUGAUAAUUUGUUCAGUGAUGAACAUCUGUUGGAACUCGAUGAUUCUUCUCUGCCUAUGGAGGAAGGAGAUUUGGAGUUCAAUCUUUUUAAUACUUCAAGUUCGGAAGAGAUGAAAGUGAAUCCAAUUUUCCAAGAACCCAUCAAUACCAAACCAAAUAUUGCUGUGUUGACGAUACCAGCGCAACAAAUACAAUGUCAACAGCCCAGUCAAGUGGAGACGAGUGUUAAUUUACAGCAACAACAACCACUUUCCCAGGUAACCCAGGUGGCACCGGAAAAAAUUGUGCAAGCACCGACUGUUCAGGCGCAAGCUGUUUUUGGCUCACAUUAUACCAUUUCUCCAAACAUAAACUUCAACGUUCAAUCGUCACCUGUGGUUACCUUGGCACCUGUAUCCGCGCAGCAGAGACAGUUGCUGUUACCGGCUAAGCUUAUUAAAUCCGAGCCUAUUGUUUAUUCUGGAACAUCACAAGCUAUAAACACUGCACCUGUGCAGCAUCAAAUUCACACUCUAGUAAAUACCUGCAAUGGCACUGUUCUUGCUACAGGAAUUCCUCUUGUAUUGGACACGGACAAAGUUCAAAUAAAUAGAAUAAACACAAGUACCCAUGUAGCUGUUCCAAAAGUCAAGGAAGUUAAGCGUAGUGCUCACAACGCAAUCGAGAGACGGUAUCGCACGUCGAUAAAUGAUAAAAUUAUCGAGCUCAAAAACAUUGUCGUUGGGGUUGACGCUAAGCUCAACAAAUCGGCGAUUCUACGAAAAACAAUAGAUUACAUCAGACAUCUUCAGAAUUGCAAUUCGAAAUUGAAAUCGGAAAACGCGACGUUGAAAAUGUCAGCACAGCGUCACAACGUUCGCGACAUGCUCGUGUGCGGUGAAUUGACGCCUCCGUGUUCCGAUACCAGCGAGCCGUCUUUGUCACCGGCACCUGCGCCCUUAUCGCCACCCUCGCCUCCGCCUCCAACUAUCAAGGAGGAGCCGGAGGUCUUGCAGAAUAUACACAGACCUACAGCUCCCACAAACAAGGGUAUGACCGAUCACACCCGCGUCUCGCUCUGUGCAUUCCUCUUUAUCUUCUUAGCCUUUAAUCCGCUUGGACUUGUCAUGAACAGUAUGAGUAAAUUCAAUUAUGAUUACAAAUUGAAUUACGAGGGAAGAACAAUUCUAGAAUAUAACAGAGAUACACCGGAUUCCGAGCCAAACGUUUGGAGUAGUGUAUUUUUGUGGCUCACUAAUGUACUACUCCUUGCUUUUGGUUUAUACAAAUUAUUACUACAUGGUGAUCCUGUGCUACCAGCCGACAAUACGGUAUCCGUGGAACUACACCGUUGGCGACGUCAAGCCGAGUUUAACAUGUCCAAGGACGACUACGAACAAGCCUAUCGAGAUCUCCACAAGUGCCUCCAGUACUUUUCGCAUCAUCUGCCGCUUACGCGCAUGGAGGUUUUCUUCGCGACCGUGUGGCAGAUGUUUCGUCAGCUCUUGCAUCGCACUUACAUCAGCAGACUGGUGUCAUUCUUUGGUAAAAAGAUCGCCGACAAGUCCGAAAAGUACUUGGCCGAGUUAUCGGCUAUGGAGAUGGCCAUUGUCUACGAGCAUAUUUUGUGUCUCAAGUUGUCCCGUGGCUCGAAGAAUUCCCUGGUGCACGUAGCUUUGUCCGCUGUUAACUACGCGGAAGCUUCCGGCGAGACCAUUCCUAAAUCAAUGCUGGCCGAGAUCUACGUGAACGCGGCGCUCUGUUUCAAGCAAUCGCGUUUCCCGAUAGUUCACAAAUUUUACUUCAACAAGGCUCGCAAUCUGUUGGCUUCUUGCGUCGUGCCGCAGAAGCUCAAGUGGAUCGUCGACGACGAUGCUAUGCGCUUCCUAGUCUCGCAGAAGUGGAGCUACGGUCAGAAAGAAGAGAGCGACUUUACUCAGCAAAAUAACAAGUCGGACCCCCUGUCAUAUGCUUCCAGAGCUUACAGGGAACAUCUUAUUAGCCAAGGCUUGAGAUUAUUGGCGGGUACAGUUGGCGAGGCUCACUCGUCGGGAUUGCUCGAUAUUUCCCGGAAAAUCAUGGUUUCGGCCCAAGUUGACUUGUGCAUUUGCAGUGAGGAAAAAGUUGGAGUUACCAAAGUUGAAGAUGAAAUCGGAUUGUGGUGGGGCGCCGCAAUGUGCGUCGCGGCCAGCUUCAGAUUGGGUGAGGAGGAUUCGGACGCAUGGAACAUUGUCGAGGGCAAAUUUCCAUUCGAAAAAAGUUCGCAAUCAGGCAACAAAAAUCCACUACCCCACGCUGUGCUUUUCCUUUUGCAAUUGAUGAGAUUACCGUCGAAACGAAUGGCGAUGCGUCUCAUCGAUCAAGCUAGCAUGUUCUUGGAGCACUCGACCGUUUACUACAACUGCAAACAGCAGUCAUCUCAAAAUGUUUUGCUCACUCAACUGUGGGUAUGCGAUUGGCUGUUGGAAGUGAGGACUCAACUAUGGGAGGAAGUCAAAGGAGACAUAAAAAAAUCCGCCGUCAACCCCAUUUUGGUCGGCUUUCAGCGAGACCUGGCCUGCAUGAGACAAAUUUGCCAGCAUAUACCAUCCGUUUUACCGCGAAUCUUCUUGUACGAGGCAACGGCCAGGAUAAUUGCCGGAGCCACUCCAGUGAAGACGCAAAUUCUGCUGGAUCGUAGCCUGCACCAUCGCAACUCCCGGAGCUCGGUGAUCUGUGGGAAGGACCGAUCCAACGAGCACGGAGGUGGCGAGCGCGAGCAUGCCGCGGCUCUGUGUCUGGCUUGCCGGCACUUACCGGUACUUUUAUUGGCAUCUCCGGGCGAGCGUGCAGGUAUGCUCGCCGAGGCGGCCAAGACGCUUGAACGCAUUGGCGACCGCAAGAGGCUACAGGAGUGCUACGAACUCAUCAGGCAACUCACGCCGACGAUAUCAUCCAACUGAGUUAGUCUUAAAAGCUUAAUUAUUAUUAUCUUUAUUAUUAUGUUGUGUUUUUGUGGCAUUGAAAUUAUCGAUUGUGUCACUAAGCUUUUCUUUCAAUCGGCAAUUUCUUGUGGAGUCUACUUAUAAAGUAAUUUGCAGUGGACUUGAGUUACUAAAAGAACCAAUUUAUAUUUUGUUUCUACUUAUCAACAUAAAUCUCACUGAUAAAGAUCUUUAAGUUCGUUUUCAAGUAAGAUGUUCUUUUGUAUAUACAUGUAAAAUAGAAUCCCGUUAUAGUAGUGAUAUUAAUUUAUUAUUGUUUUUUUUUUUACAUGGGAA